CGUGUACCUGCACCCGUGGAUUGUUUUUGCUCAUGGCGGGAAAAAGCGUCUCACAUUUUUAUUUCCUAAAUUUUUUUCUUCUCAAAUAUCCAUAGCCACCGUACAACGAAACUAGGGUUUCGACUGCAUAAUUACAUCAACGAAGCGCCGGUUUUUCUAUACUCCGGCAAUUUCUCCUACCGAUCUUCUAUCAGAAAACAUGAUUCCUGCACAGUUCUAAUGAAAUGGGUAAAGAGGAAAGUCCAAAGAUUACGAGAAGAACAACUCGGUCAUCUUCUUCAGCUGCUGCUACUGUCGAUGAGAUUGAGAAAACUAAAAGAUGUGAACCCUACAAUCCCACAAUCAAUGAUCUCGUAUUUGGAGGGGAACGCCUGAGCUUUGAUGAUCUGCUAUCUAGUUUUCCUGCUAGAGGAGGUCAGAUUUCUGAGAUAGUACGACUUUUGGGUCCAGUGAACUCCCCCAUGCUUCCUAUAUUUAUUUAUGGAGGUGCUUCUACUGGAAAAACCAGUAUCAUUCUCCAGAUUUUUAGGCAUCUAAAUCGCCCUUUUGUUUAUGCAAGCUACCGGACUUGUUAUAGUCCUCGCAUCUUGUUUGAAUCCAUUUUAAAUCAGUUGUUGCUUCAUACAAAGAAUGCAGCCAAUGGGUAUUCGAGUUCAAAGCGGUGUGAAAGGCCAUCUGAUUUUGUUAAUUUUCUUCGUGAAGCAUUGGUGAGCGUCAUUGAUGAUCUCAAGGGGAAUUCAGGGAAAUUAAGCUCAAACAACUUGGCUUCACGGCCCGAUGGAAGUAUGCUCUACUUGAUACUAGACAAUUUGGAGCUUGUUCGCGGUUGGGAUAAAAACUCCACUAUAUUACCUUUUAUGUUUAAGCUUUAUGAUAUCUUGAAGAUGCCUGAACUGGGGCUUAUAUAUAUUAGCAGUACUUCACCUGAUACAUACUACUCAACUAUGGGAUAUAUAGAGCCUACUCCUGUUUAUUUUUCAGAGUACAUGGAAGAAGAUCUUCGCCAAAUUUUCCUGAGAAACCAAGCAAAUAGAAAGCUAUAUUCCUUCUUCCUUGAUGUUGUGCUCAGACCAUUUUGUAGAAUUACUAGACGAGUGGAUGAGUUAGCUACUGCCUUUUCACCAUUGUUCAGAAAAUAUUGUGAACCCUUAAGAGAUUUGGAACAUGUACCUAAUGAAGAGAUGAAAAGAAGGCUGUUCAGUCAUUUCCAGCCACAUAUUGCCCCUUCUUUGAAUGAGAUAUUUUAUGUUCCCUCUCAGUCUUCACUUGAAGUUGAAUCCAACAAGGAGAAAAGGCAGAAAGGCAGCAUAAGAAAGUCAGGAUGCAGUGAAGAUCUUGCCAAGGUUGAUUUCCAUAUGUCGACUUCUGCAAAAUAUCUUCUUAUUUCAGCAUUCCUUGCUUCAAGAAACCCAGCUACCCUUGAUGCAUCCCUCUUUGAUUCAACUGGGGGUUCAGAUAAUCGCAAACGUAAAAGAAAGGCUUCUGAAAAAUCUAUGGAGCAGAAGGAAGCAGCAGAACAGGAAUUACUCAUGAAAGGACCUGGGACUUUCCCAUUGGAGAGGUUACUAGCAAUAUUUCAAUGUAUAUCCUCUGUUAUUGGCAUUUCACUUGAUGAAGAAGAACAAGAAAAUGAUUUGCUUGGAGUUGAAGCUGGGGAUAGUGGACUAACGUCUGAUGUUCUGAUGCAAUUAUCCAGCCUAUGUGAUGCUAAUUUUAUUAUUAAAGGAGGAAGUUGCCCUUUGGAGGGUUCAACUAGAUACCGGUCUACAGUUUCAGAAGAGUUGGCUUUGAAGGUAGCUAGAAGCCUGAAGUUUCCCCUGCCAAAUUACUUGUACAGAAGAUAAAAUCUGAUAAUGUCAUUGAGUAUUCCUUAAAGAUCAACCAUACAGAAGCUUGAGAGGUAACGAGCUUUUAUUGGCUACAGUCUCUGACAACAAUCCUAAGUUUUUAUGGAAUGUACAUGUGCAUAUUUAGGUUAUCAUGACAUCUUAUUACUAAGUGAAUUGAAUAAUUAUUGUAAUCCACUGAAAGAAGAAAGGGGGCUGGUUUAGAAAAGCUAAUUUAGUAUCUGACAAGUGACAACAUAUUAGUUUCUGGAAAGGCAAUGACUUGCUGUUAUUUUUCACCUCCUGCAAUGCAAUGAUUGUUUGCUUGUUCUUUUUUA